UCUCGCGUGAGUUUACGAUCGUAAAUGAUGGCGGCUCACAUUGUGGAUAUCUAUGAAGAAACGUUUUAUUGUUAAUCACCGACUAUAAUGUUAUUUUAGCUAAACAUAAUAACCUUUUGCAAUUGUUCAUUUGAUGAACUUACAAUUUUGUGUUUAAUGCAUCAAGGGCUUUAGAAUAUAGCGGUGUAACAGGAAAUCACGUAUUAUUGUUGAAGAUUGUUGAAAUCCUUUAAGAUGGCCAAUAUUAAAACGGACUACCAGCCCAUGGACAAGAUAUUUGCGAAGAUGAAAGGGUACCCUCAUUGGCCAGCUAGAAUUGAUAAACUACCUCCUGGAGGGCAGAAAGCACCAAAGGGGAAAUUUCCCAUUUUUUUCUAUGGAACACAUGAAACGGCAUUUCUUGCUCCAAAGGAUAUUUAUCCUUACGAGAAGUUCAAAGAGAAGUACGCCAAGCCACAAAAACGACUGGGAUUUAAUGAAGGACUAUGGGAGAUUGAGAACAACCCAACAGUGGUGUUUAUGGGAAAUCAGCAAGCAAGUGAAUCUCAAGAGGCAGAAGAAGAGGAAGAAGAAGAAGGGGAGAUGGUGAUUGAGGAGGAGGAGGAAGAGAAACCAGCCAAAGGGAAAAAGAAGCAGACAAAACCUAAAGCAGCACAGAAAAGAAAGAAGACGACAACAGAGGGGAAGCCAGCCAAAAGAGCAAGAAAGGACAAGGAUGCUGUAGAAAAUGAAGAGGAUGAUUUUUUUGAUGAGGAGGAAGAGGAACCAGAUCUGUCUUCAGAUAACCCAGAGGAUGAGGACUUUGAGUUGAUGGAGACCUCCAAAUCAAAGAAGAAAACUCCAAAGAGGAAAGGAAGAAAGAGCGGUGGUAAAAAGGCAGCAGAAUCUGGACAGAGUGGGGAAGACAACAACGAGGUGUCUGAUGACAAUGAGGAGGGAGAGGUCACGGUCAAAAAGAAGCCAAAGAAAACCCCCGUCAAACGGAAAUCCACAGCAAAGGUCAAAAAAGGGAGAGAAUCCACAGGAGGUCGGAAGAAAGCUGACAGCAGAGUUGUGUCCAGCGACAGUGAACUCAGUAGUGACAGUAAUUCAGAUGAGGAGGUCAGCAGUUGGAAGAAAAAAGAUGAGGAAAGAAAAAAGGAAAUGGAGAAAAAGAUAAAGGAGGCCGAGGAAAGAAAGAAAAAAGAGGAGUCAGAAAGAAUCAAGGCCAUCCGAGCGGAGCAGAGACUGGCCGCUGAGAAAGAGGAGGAUGAAGAGGAUGAAGAAGAAGAUGAAGAAGACUCAAAACCUAGAAAGAAAAAAUCCAAGAAACCGAAGGAGGAGACAACAGAUGAUGAGCACCAAUCUAGAACACCAAAGCUUUCAAAGCAUGUCAAGAAGAAAUCAGAAAAGUCGAAAAGACAGAGAGGGGAGAGAAAGACAGAAGCAGAAGAGGAAGAGAAAGUAGAAGAGGAGGAGGAAGAGGCAGACAAGGAUACAAACAAGGACACAGGAGAUGUUCAAGAGGAGACAACCCCGCAGGAGGAAGACACCACGAAGAAUGAGGAAGACUCCAACAAACCAGACAGAGAGCAGGAGGCGACCGAGGCAGAGAGCAGGCAGGAGAGUGGAGGAGACAACCAGGAACAGGAGGCAGAGGAGAAGGUGAAAGAGGAAAGUCCAAAAAAGAAAGAGAAAUCAAAAGAAGACUUGGAGAAAGAAGAAAAGGCAAAGCAGGCGAGGGAAGAAGCCAGGCGGGCUCGUGAAGAGGAGAGGAGACGUAAACAGGAGAGGGAGAGAGAGAGGGAGCGUAAAAUCAAAGAGCGAGAAGAAGAAAAGGAGAGAAAAAAGAAAGAAAAGUAUGAACAGAAGAAAAAAGAUAAAAUUAAUUUCAUUCAGACAGAGGGAAAAUUAAGUGCCAUGGAUAAAGAGAUCAAACUGUGUGUCCAGAGAGACUCUACUGAUGUUGACAAAUGCCUGGCCAUCAUGGAGGAUCUGGACGCGCUGCCAGUAAACCAAGUGAUGCUGAAGAAAAAUCCUGACAUCAUGAAAACCAUCAAAAUGCUGAGGAAGUACAAGGGCAGUGAGAAGAUCCGACUAAAGGCUGAGGUCAUUUACCACAAGUUCAAGGGGUUCUUCCUGGCGGGAGACGGGGAACUCAAUAGCUCAAUUAUGGAACACCAUCAUCAUAAGAAACAGAACAACAAAGAUACCAAAGAAAGGGAAAACAAAGAAAAUGAAAUUUCUAGAGCAUCAGAGGUGACGGCCAACAGUAAUGACACGACCAGUGAGACAGAGGACCGGCUGGCCGGGGAGGGGGAGGGAACUCCUGCACUGGAUCGCGUGUCUGACAACACACUGGACGCCUCUGCCAGCGACUCAGAACUGACCAAGCGUAUAGAACAAUUGACUGGUGAGGUUGUGGCCAAACUCGAGUCCUGGCCCUCAGACAGUAGUGAUAAAGAAGAUGGUUUUAAAAGUUUAAAAAGCUGGCCCGAGUUACCUCUCCUGCCUGGCCUUACAUUUGAAUCCGAGUCUCAGAAUAACUCUGAACCACCCAGUGGUAAAACUUGUGAAAUAGCAGCUACAGAUAGUGAUGUUCAAAUUAGUGACUCAAAACCAAGUGAAAAUUCAGAGAGUGGUCAACCAGACAUUGAGAAUAAGAAGGAAGUGGUGCCAUCUCCAAAGGAGAAAGCUGACACUGUGCCAAGUCAGUCCUCCCCACCACCGGCGGCGACAACUGCGACCACCACAGACACCACUAACACCACAAACACAAGUAACAACACAGACACGAGUAACGCCGCCAACGCAAGUAAUGCAUACAGGAGGACCUCAAACAUUCUUAGUUUACCAUUACCCAUCAUUGAUGAUGACUCCCAGGAUGCUGGGACAGACGAUGAUGCAAUGGACAUUUCACCCGCCGUGUCUCCUACUAAAACAAACGGUGACAAAGAGACCAAAGUGAAUGUGAAUCAGUCGCCAGAGAAUGAAGAAAUAGAGGAAGCCAUUGAUGAACAGGAGCGGAUUGACCUAGAUGCCCGAAUCCAGGCCAUAAUGGCUAGCAACACUCUCACUAACCUAGAGACAGAAGACAGCAAUGGACCAGUGUCACCAACAGAUGACAAACCCGAGAAAGAAGAAGAGAAAGUUAUCAAACCUGUACAAGUUGAGGUUCCGGUGAAAAAACCAGAGGUUCCAGUAAAGAAACCAGAUAAGAAAGAGGUGGAAUCUGACUCAGAACCAAUCAUGGACGAUGACGAGCUUCACAGUCUGCUGGGCAUAUAGUGCCACAUCUCUAAGAUCUCGAGACCAAAACCAUAUAGCUUGGAUGCUGGCGAUUAUUUCAGUUAUACAAGAAGUUAUGGGAAUCAAGGCAUUGAAAAGCAUGAGUACUUAGAUCAGAAAAAAGAAUGAGAUGUGUGUACAAUCGUGUGAGCAGUGUGAGCUGUGUGAUGGUGUGAUACUGGUGCAGACAGACAGCACCCAGGUCUGGUGAUGCACACACAGACUCUAACUAUACUGACCUCCUCAGAUUGAAGAGCAGAGUCUUUCUCAGUCACGGUGAGCUGAGUUUAGUACAUUGACAUGUAAGGUAGUUAAUUGUUACAAAUCACGUGUCACUCAUUGGGACUGUAAACUUGUCAUUAUUUAUCAAAAUAUUUUAACAGAGGUUAAGAUGUUAAGGCAGUGGUUUCGUUUGUCAUAUACGAGUACAUAAACCAAUAGAUGAGUGUGUCCAUUGGAAAUGUUGUAUUCUUGUCUUUAACUGUUUAGGUCUUGAUUUAAGACUGAUAUCUGUGAGAAUGCUUGUGUGAGUGUGUGAUGUGUUAGACAUGAAUCAGUCAUCUCAUUACCGUCAUUUAUCAUAACUUACAGAUAUCAUAUCACAUUUUGUAUUUUAAAAAAAUACAAUACAGUUUCACUCUAUGUAUGAUCAUGCAUUGAUUGAAAAGUCUUUUAAAGAUGAGAAAACUGCAAUAAAAACCAACAAGGUUUAA